GUCAAUUUCCCUUUUCCAAACUGCGCCACUAUCACCAACAUCAACUUUGGAUGAUUAUCAAAAUUUUUUAUUAACAGGUCGUAAAAGGUCAAAAGGUCGCGUAAUAAUAAUUCCCUCGCCAAUCAUAUAAUCAUAUUGUGAACCAUGGAAACUAAAUUGUUUAACUUAUUCAGUACUUAUUUUGUGAAACUUUACAGGUAUUAUUUGUAUAAUAAAUUACCUGUUAAAUUAAUAAUUCUUGCAUUCCAAUUAUUCAUCAUGCUUCUACGAGACUUAACUUCAAUUACUCAAAUUACCUUAUCUAUAUCACUUUGGGACUACUUUCACCUCUUUUUGGACUUUUUCCCCUCCUUUAUGAGUUUCAUCAUCAUUUUUAUUUAAAAUAUUUUGAUCCAUCAUCUGAAUAACAAUGUUAAGCAAGAUGACGGAAAGUCAAUACAACUUCCGCCCAUCAUUCCCCUUCUCGGUUAUCAUACUUUUUUGGUUAUUUUUUUCGUUUGAUGUUUCUCCGAUUUUUCCACUAAUCCUAUCAAUUUCCUUUUUAUUCCGGUUGAUAUUCACAAUUUAUCUCUUCAAUAUGCAGCUGUUACUAACUAAAUUUUUUCUCAUAGUCAUUACCUUAAUUGCUCAUUAUAUCCGAUUUUUUUUUCACCAAGUAUGUUUUUAAUUUUAGCUAAACCAUUACAAAAACUCUUCAACAGCUCUUCAACAGCUCUUCAACAUCUCUCAACAUCUCUCAACAAUUUACAACAACUUACAACAACUUACAA